AUGCCUUAUGAAUGGACACUUGUGGCCGAGGACUUCGAAUCUCAUAGUUGGUGCGAACUCGGACCCUCUAGGCGAGCGGUUCGCGGUAUUAUGACCAAGAAUAUGACCGUUCAAACCGAUUGUGACGCGAUUUUGAAGUUUAUUGACGAGUUGCCCAACAAAAACUCCCCUUUUAGUGUUACCGAACGUUUCCCAGAAAAUAAGAUUUAUGUAGACCUCAACCACUAUCACAACGUCAAUAACUUACGUUUGAUGACCAUUGCAGCAUGUACCUUUAAAGGCCUUCAAAACGUUAAAACGUUAAACCACCAAAACGGCCGUGGAAGAAAUUCUGCUCCUACACCCUUGGUGGAAGACAGAAUAUAUUAUAAACAGGUGAACGAUGCCAUCGUCUCGUAUUCGCAUGCAGUCCACAAUCUUUUUGCACCUCACAGUAUCUGUAUUAAUGAUCAACACAUUUUUGGCAUUUACACUAGAGCAAGUUUUGAGAAACAAUGCAGUCUUGUCUGGAUUUAA